AUGGCCGCUCCUGUCCAAGUCACCAAAGCCUCUGAGCUUCAUACAAACACCGGACAGACGGAAGGCAUGGUUAGGCAAGGUGCAAUUAUUGACAAGUCGGACAGCAUCAGCGCAUCUGUCAUGAUCGCCAAACCCCACUCCUCCUCCGCCAUCCAUCAUCACGGGCCCCAAGAUACCGUGGUUUACUGCGUGCGCGGGCGAGGGGCAGUGGUUUCAGAAGGAGGGAAGAAGAAACAAGUCUUGGAAAAGGGAGACUUCGCAUUGAUACCGGCACAUGCUGAGCAUCAGGAAAUCAACGAUGAAGACGAAGAAGUCGAAUGGAUCAUAACAAGGAGUGGGCGAGUUCCUGUCGUUGAGAACCUAGAGGGUUGGGGUACGAGCUAA